CGACGGCAUCUCUUCGUUAACUACUGCGAACCCAAGCAUCUCCUCUCUCUCUGUGGAAACGAUGGGUCGAGCUCUCCUCUCCUCUUCCCUCUUCUCGCCGAGGCUGAGGAUUCCGGCGAUACGCAAAUCUUUCUCGCCCAAUUUGACUACCAAGCACGCGCUGGGAUUCCGCACCCGCGCGGCUCUCUCCGUAUCCCCUACCGAGAGACGAUUCCCUAAAAUAUCGGCGGAAUCAACAGGCUCGAUCCCCCCAGCGGAGCUGCUCAAGGUCGUCGAGACCGCUGCGCAAGCCGGCGCCGAGGUUGUGUUGGAAGCUGUCAAUAAGCCUCGCAACAUUAGUUACAAAGGAAUGACAGACUUAGUUACAGACACUGAUAAACAGAGUGAAUCAGUAAUCCUUGAAGUGGUGAAUAAGAAUUUUGAAGAUCAUCUUAUUCUUGGUGAAGAAGGUGGCCUUAUUGGAGACUCUUUGUCAGAGUACCUUUGGUGCAUUGAUCCCUUAGAUGGCACUACAAACUUUGCUCAUGGAUAUCCAAGCUUUGCUGUAUCAGUUGGGGUACUGUUCCGUGGGAAGCCAGCUGCUGCAUCUGUGGUUGAGUUUGUUGGUGGGCCAAUGUGUUGGAACACUCGCAUAUUUUCUGCAACUUCAGGUGGUGGAGCCUUUUGUAAUGGACAAAAGAUUCAUGCUAGUCAGACUGAUAAGGUGGAACGUUCUCUCCUGGUAACAGGAUUUGGGUAUGAGCAUGAAGAUCCCUGGGCAACCAACAUGAACUUAUUCAAAGAGUUUACUGAUGUUAGCAGGGGUGUAAGGAGACUAGGUGCUGCUUCUGUUGACAUGUGCCAUGUUGCCCUCGGCAUUGUGGAAGCCUACUGGGAAUAUCGUCUCAAGCCGUGGGACAUGGCCGCUGGUGUCCUGAUGGUUGAAGAAGCUGGAGGAGCUGUAACACGAAUGGAUGGAGGAAAGUUCACAGUCUUCGAUCGAUCAGUACUGGUAUCCAAUGGUGUUGUUCACGAACAGCUCCUGGAGAGGAUUGGCCCUGCGACCGAAGAGCUAAAGAAGAAAGGCAUUGAUUUCUCGCUGUGGUUUAAGCCAGAAAACUACAUUACUGAUCCCUGAGUUGGUUUUCCGCCUCAACUGCGGCAGUUAAAGCAAAAUUUUCUUUUGUCAGAUCAAAAGUUGGUCAUUUCACCAAUUUCUUCAGUUGAAGCCUGGUUAAAGUUCUCCUGCAAAGGUAUUGAUUGGUUUUGAUCUGUAAGAAAUGGAAGUACUUAUACCAUUGCAAUAAGCUCCUUCAAUAUAUCUUACAUUUGUGUAGUAAAAAAACACUUUAUCUUA